GUUCGAGCACCGAGCUGAAGCAGCAGCAGCAGCAGCAGCUCUAGUAGUCGGCGGUCGCUGUCUGACAGUGACCCACCAUCAACAUCCAAUAUACCGCCAAUUAUUUAUAUCAACGGGCGCAUCGGGACUGGAUAUCGCGCUUUAACGUUUCAUUGUGGACAUGAGGACAUCUGAUAAACGUCAAUUCCUAAAAGGUGGACUAAAAAGCUUCUCUCGCCUCGGUUUUCGUCCAGCAUAUGAAAGAACCGAGAUGACCGUUUCCCUGGCAACAAUACAGCCCAUCCGCAAGGGAUAUCAGCCCGGCUUGGUUUGUGGACAGGGCACCGCUGGGAUGAGAUAAUACAGCUUGUCUUGGCUGCUUCAUCCUGCUGCUACACCAAGCUCCACGGCUCCACCUGUAGACACCAAAGCCCUCCCAAGCUACCCCCGCCCCCUCCAGUGACAUCAUGACCACGCCCGCGCUGCUGCCGCUCUCCGGGCGCAGGAUCCCGGCACUUUCGCCUGGCGCCUCCUCCUUCCCGCACCAUCGCGCCACGCUGAGGCUCUCCGAGAAGUUCAUCCUGCUCCUCAUCCUCAGUGCCUUCAUCACGCUGUGUUUCGGGGCCUUCUUCUUCCUGCCCGACAACUCCAAGCACAAGCGAUUCGACCUGGGCUUGGAGGACGUGCUCAUCCCCCACAUCGACGCCCCCAAGGUGGGGAAGCACGCCGCGGGGCAGGUGGUCAUACACGGGCAGGGAGGACACGAUGAGCACAGACACAGGGAGGAAGAGGAGAGCCUGCGGGACAAAAUCCGUGCCGACCACGAGCGCGCCCUGCAGGAGGCCAAGGAGAAGCUGCGCAAGUCGCGGGCGGAGCUGCAAGCAGAGAUCCAGACGGAGAAGGUGCGGGUGGUGGAGGAGCUUAAGAAGAAGGAGGCGGGGCCAAGGCCCCUCCCCCCCGUCCCCAUGCCCAAAGUGGUGGGCGUCAGCGACGGAGAGCCGCCUGAGCCCGCCGUCAAGGAGAAGAGGGACAAGAUCCGAGAGAUGAUGAAGCACGCCUGGGACAGCUACCGACAGUACGGCUGGGGUCACAACGAGCUGAAGCCCCUGGCUAAGAAAGGACACACCACCAAUAUCUUCGGUAACUCCCAGAUGGGCGCCACCAUCGUGGAUGCCCUGGACUCCCUUUACAUCAUGGGUCUACACGAGGAGUUUAAGGAUGGGCAGGAGUGGAUCGAGCAGAACCUGGACUUCACCGGCGUGAAUGCCGAGGUGUCCGUCUUUGAGGUCAACAUCCGCUUCAUUGGAGGACUGCUGGCUGCCUACUACCUCUCUGGACAGGAGGUGUUCAAGCUGAAGGCCGUGCAGCUUGCAGAGAAGCUGCUGCCAGCCUUCAACACUCCUACUGGAAUCCCAUGGGCCAUGGUAAACCUCAAGAGUGGUGUGGGUCGUAACUGGGGCUGGGCGUCUGCAGGCAGCAGUAUCCUGGCCGAGUUCGGAACGCUGCACAUGGAGUUCGUCCACCUCACCUACCUGACCGGGAACCCCAUCUACUACCAGAAGGUGAUGCACAUCAGGAAGCUGCUGGCCAAGAUGGACCGUCCUAACGGACUGUACCCCAACUACCUGAACCCACGCACCGGGCGCUGGGGACAGCAUCACACAUCGGUGGGGGGUCUUGGAGACAGUUUCUAUGAGUACCUGUUGAAGGCCUGGCUCAUGUCCGACAAGACAGACACUGAGGCCCGCAAGACCUACGACGACGCAAUCGAGGCCAUCGAGCGCCACCUGAUCCGUAAGUCCAACGGCGGGCUGACCUUCAUCGGCGAGUGGAAGAAUGGCCACCUGGAGAGGAAGAUGGGUCACCUGACCUGCUUCGCCGGGGGCAUGUUCGCCCUGGGCGCAGACGGCUCCCCCGACGACAAGGCCGGCCACUACCUGCAGCUGGGGGCCGAGAUCGCACACACCUGCCACGAGUCCUACGACCGCACAGUGCUGAAGCUGGGACCAGAGGCCUUUAAAUUCGACAGUGGCCUGGAGGCGGUUGCCGUGCGACAGAACGAGAAGUACUACAUCCUGCGUCCGGAGGUCAUCGAGACCUACUGGUACAUGUGGCGCUUCACCCACGACCCCAAGUACCGCCAGUGGGGCUGGGAGGCUGCGCAGGCUAUCGAUAAGUACUGCAGGGUGAGUGGGGGUUUCUCGGGGGUGAAGGACGUCUACUCCUCCAACCCGACCUACGACGACGUGCAGCAGAGCUUCUUCCUGGCCGAGACCCUGAAGUACCUGUACCUGCUCUUCUCCAGUGAUGACUUGCUGCCUCUGGACAGCUGGGUGUUCAACACAGAGGCCCACCCUCUGCCCGUGCUCCACCUGGGGAACAUCACCCUGCCCGGCAGCCAACCCGCCCAGCGCUAGAGCGCCCCCCACCACCUCCACAGGGGGGACGUUAGUGCUCAUGAGGAGAGGAGCGCUCGUUGGAAUCUCCCAGACUGCAGAGAGGGGAGGAGUUAAGAGAGAGGAAACCCAGAGCAUCAAGGACUCCCACUCUGGUUCAAUGUCUCUCUAUCUCUGUCCCUUUCUAUCUUUCUCUAUCACACACCCACCUUCUUUUGUGUUUUUGUCUCUCUCUCUCCCUCUCUCUUCCUACUGAGGACACCAUGAGGACAGUGAGGUGCGAUACUCAGCCCUGUGAUUGGCUGAUGAUGUUGUUUUUUUGUUUUAGUUUUUUACCUGUCGGACCGAGCUCCAAUCAGGAGGCUCAAACAAGCUUAUGUUGUUUGAUUGUUUUUGGUUUUCUACUAUCAUGAAGUUGACCAAACUGUCCUCUGAGCGGACCGUGGCGCGUUUAGUGCUUCUUGUACAGACAGACGGAUGGACGGCCCCGGGGACCUUCGGGGGCCGUCCUCCCAACCUUUUCUUUGGUGUUUAUCAGCUCUUCUUCACCUGCGGCGGGGGCCGGAUCACGGCCUUCCUUUCCCCCCCCCCCCCUCCCCCCCUCCGGUCACAUGACCUCUGACCUGGGGUUGUAUAUGGACCUUUAGGGCACCGCCAGCGGGGAGACGCUAGCGCCGCUCGGGUUGGUUGAGAGAUGGAACAGUACGAACAGUGAUGAUGAUGACGCCCCUCGGACAACUCCUGAUCACCUGUCAGCCCCUCCUCCUCUUCACCCUCCAGUCCCGCCAGCUCUGUGUCUCUCGCCUUCUCUCUCUGCGUAACUGUUUCCAUUCAUUUCUGUUUCUUUGAUAUUGUUUCCGACUCACAUCAUUCCCUGCCUCGUCAUCCUCUGCCUUCAUGAGCUUGUGUGCGUGUGUGCAUGUGUGUGCAUCCGUGCGUGCGUGUGUGCAUGUGUAUGCUUGCGUGUGUGCGUCCGUGCGUGUGUGCGUGCCCGUGGCUGGGACAAGUCUUAAUGAGAGCAUGUGAUUUACUUUAAAGCCUUACUUGAUGUGUUGAUUUGGACGCCUUGAGCUAAAGCUCUGAUCCCCCUCACCUUAGCAUCGUAGGGUGGUUCCUCCUCAUGUUCCAGUGAUCACACAGAACCUCCCCUGACGGCCUCUAGCUCUCUGAGCAGCUCCCACUGAGGUUCUAGAGAGUUCUGAAUGAGUUCUUUAUGAUAUGUUUGGUCUUUGGUUCUAUACUAUGGAGUCUAAAUCUAUCCAGGGUCUAUAGUGUCUGGGAGGUCCUGUGGUUUUUCCUCUAGGGUUUUUGUGGGGACUUUGUAGGUGCUCUCCCUGGUCUAAGGGUUCUGUCUGUGUUGGUUCUAGGGUAUAUGUCUGCAUAGGGUUCUGUAUGGGGUCUCUUAAGGUUCUUUGAGUUCUUGGUAGGGUUCCUUUGGGUUCUGGGUUAGUGUUCCACUGGACCAUGUAUGAACAGAGUGAUGGACCCAAUCGCCAUGGUGACCUUCAUCAGAAACCUUCCUUAACCCUCCCCUCCUCCCCCACACUGACCAACCCCAGCGCUCUGAUCAUAUCAUGACCACACGGGGUCCAAGGCCUUUAACCAAUGGCGGGUUAUGGUGUUUGUUCUGUUCUCACUGUGAUCACGUUGAUUGUAUAAAAUACACAAUAAAAGUUUUGUGUGAGACCUCGGGCGCUAUGCGCGCCAUGUGGUCUCUCUCUAUAUCAUGACUUUGGGGAAAGGUUUCAGUGUGUGUGUUUGACUGGCCUUCAGGAGAGAGAGACGGAGAGACUUGGAGGCAUAUCCUGUUCACAUGUAAUAUUCCCUGAUGAGUGGACACAUUGCGGCGGUUGAUGGGCAUUAUGUAUGAGUACGAGCUGAGGAGGGAGGGUUUUAUAAUUAAGUUAAGGGUUAGAGUUGAACCCUGGGUUACAGAAGUUUGAGCUCCUAGCAAGGCUUCACCUGUUCAUGUGUGCAUCUUAAUGUGUCCAUGCGGUUCCGCCUCUACAAGGGGUUGUUUCUUGGGAAAACCAUAUAGUGCGACUGGUUCUGAGUUGGUUCUGCUGAACUAUUAACAACACACACAAGCACUCCAUCCCUCCUUCAUCAUCACUCCAUAAUUUGCCCUCUCUCUAUCUGUCGGCCCCUGUGGCUACGGAUAAAACAAGCUUCAUGUCCAAACACAGGACAUGCAUCAUGCUGAUGUCAUCACCUGUAACCAAUGGGGAGACGGGUCCAGGUGAACGGCCCCACAUCCCCCACCCCAAUCCCAGGGUGGUUGCUAGGAGCGACGGUGAUUUUGAAAAAUUGAGUGUUCUGUAUUUGUAUUUUUACUGAACAAUAUUAAAAGAACCUGUACAUAUGUUUAAAACGAGGCAGAGAUUCAAUAAAGAUGUUAUCAAAAGUGAA